GUGUUGUCACUGUAACUCACUGUUGUCAGUCACAGUGUGCUGAGUCAACGACAACUGAGUGUAAAAUUAUAGAUCUAGAUUCUAGAUCUAAUUCCAGAUUAGUAGAUAUAUCUAAAUUUAGAAUAUACUCAUACUGUCACUAUACAAUAUAAAGAAGAUGCCUCAACUUAUUAGAGUCUCCAUCCUCACCAUUUUUAUUUUAAUCUGCGUUGGUCAAAUCCUUGGACUUGGAAGAAUACCACUAACUGGUGGUUAUGUUACACAGAAUUUAGACAAAGCAACCUUUGGGGAAAUUAAGAAAUUCUUUCAAGUAGCCAAUGUAGCAGUAACUCGUAUGAAUGAAGUAAAAACAAACUUUGGACGCAACAAUAAACAGGGGUUGCAACUAAAAGCUUUAACCCAAGUAAAAACACAGGUUGUGGCUGGAGUCAACUAUGACUUGGAAUUUAUAGUUGAUGAUGAGGGAAAAACUAGGACUUGUAAAAUCAUAGUGUCUCACCUGUACCCAUGGAGAAAUGGCGGGAAAUGGAGCAUCAAAUCUUCAUCUGCCAGUGAUGAGUGCAAAAAGUAUGUUUCAAAUACGAAGAAAACAAGGCCUCGCAGAUCAGCUGGUCUACCUCUGUUGGGCGGAAAAGAGCCUUUGGCUGAUGAUGAUAAAGCUUUGUUGGAGGUGGCUCAGUGGGCUGUGGAAUACCUUAACAGAAUGUCCAACUCUAUUUACAAGAAGGUCAUGGUGAAAGUUGGUAAAGCUACGAAGCAGGUUGUCAAUGGUUAUCGCUAUGAGUUCUUGGUAACUGUUACACCCACCACUUGCCACAAUAAUGUGGAGAAUGCUAAAAAGACUUUAAAGGAAUGCCCAGCUGCGGAUGAUGCAAAGCCUCAAGAAUGUGAUGUUUUGGUCUUCCACACUAAUGGUCAAUACAAGAUGGACACUUUAGAAUGCAGACCAGCUGCUCCUUCUCCUGUGAUUGGUGGAGGUGAUCAUGAUUAUAAGCCACAUGGAAUAAUUGGUGGAGGUGAUCAUGAUUAUAAGCCACAUGGAAUGAUUGGUGGAGGUGAUCAUGAUUAUAAGCCACAUGGAACAAAUGGGGAAGGUGGUCAGGAUCACAAAAAUUAUAUGAUUGGCACUGGACACCAUGGUCACUUGCGCAGAGGAAUGCUCAUUGGAGGGGACCAUGAUUACAGACCCCAUGAAAAUUCGAUUCUGGGCCAAGAUACACAUGAUUAUGUCUCCCACAAACCUGAUGAAGAUCAGGCUGUGAAGAACCUUAAGGAAGCCAUAAUGAAUUUUGGAUCUAGAUUCCUCAAGUCAGACAAUGACAAUGUCCAUCAAAUGACCAUUGUGGAUGAAACUAAGCCAGAUAUUCCUGCAAGUGUUGAUGAUCUGUGCUCCCAAUAUAAAACUGAAUUUGAAAACUUUAAAUCUAAAUAUAAUCGACUCUACAGCACAAUAGAAGAAGAAUCUCAAAAGUUCAAGGUGUUUUGUAAAAAUAUGGAGCGAGUAAAAGUUCUUCAGAAGACAGAGCAGGGUUCUGGACAGUAUGGUGCCACUGUAUUUGCUGACUUAUCAGAGGAAGAGUUUAGAAAACAGUAUCUUGGUCUCAAGCCCACUAAAACUUUCAAGCAGUGGCCUAUGGCUAAGAUUCCCACUGACCCAAUUCCUGAUGCUUGGGACUGGAGAGACCAUGGAGCAGUGUCACCUGUCAAGAAUCAGGGCAGUUGUGGAUCUUGUUGGGCAUUUUCCACAACUGGAAAUGUUGAGGGACAGUGGGCCAUAAAUGGUCCAUCUCAUCAGUUGCUGUCUCUUUCAGAGCAAGAGCUUGUUGACUGUGACAAAAUUGACCAAGGCUGUGGGGGAGGAUACAUGUACCAAGCUUAUGAAGCCAUCAUGGAAAUUGGUGGCCUUGAAACUGAGACUGACUACAAGUAUGAAGGCAAAGAUGAUAAAUGUCGUUUUAAUAGUUCUGAAGUUCAGGUUAAACUGACUGGCGCUGUAAACAUAAGUCAAGAUGAAAACGAGAUGGCUGCUUGGUUAUACAAAAAUGGACCUAUUUCUAUUGGAAUCAACGCAUUUGCUAUGCAGUUUUAUAUGGGAGGUAUUUCUCAUCCUUGGAAAUUGUUUUGCAGUCCAGAUGGUCUUGAUCAUGGAGUCCUCAUUGUAGGAUAUGGCAAGAAGGGUAAUGAACCUUACUGGAUCGUGAAAAACAGUUGGGGAGAAAACUGGGGAGUGAAGGGCUACUAUUUGGUGUAUAGAGGAGAUGGCACUUGUGGCUUGAACAAGAUGUGUUCUUCCGCUACUGUGAAUUAAUCAAUCAAAGCCUUUUAUUUGUAGAUGGGCCUUCUGUAAUUUCUUUUCAACUUUUAAGAUAAAACAUGUCUAGAAAAAUGAUAACAAUGAAAAAAACCUGAUAGUCUAAUCGGAGACAUUAAUAUUUACAUUUGAUUGGUCAUCUAUAAAUAUAUUGUUAUAAAAAAUAUAUGUGUGUGUGUUUUUUAAUUUAUAAUAUUAAUAUAAUAAUAAUCAAAUUGUUUUUUUUAAUUUGUUUGAUAUCUUUAAAGGAUAUAAAAUGUAAAUAGUUAAAAACUUGUACAAAAAAUAAAUCUCUGUCUACACUAAUUGGUAUGAUUCUCAAGUAUUGUUAAAAAAAAUAUUAGUGUCUACAAUGAUAACUACAAUUUUUAUUGUGUGGAAUAGGUAAAGGAUAGGAAACUUAGGCUUAGCUUGAAACUCACAAACCAAAAACACAAACUUUGCUCUCUCUUCAAUUAUCCCUUCAUAUUAUGAAACAAUUUUUUAUUUUAAGAAUUAAAACAGUUUAAACUCUAUAUAAAUAAAUACAUAACUCACAUAAUUAAAAAUGGAUAAAAAAAUAUUUUUUUUUACUUUGUGUUUUGGAUCCUGAAUGAACAAUGAAAGCGUGUAACAGACAUUCCUUUUUGUGUUUUCUUUGUGAGUGCUUUGAGUUUUCUGCUUUUAAAUGUAAAUAUUUAAUCAUGUAUGUGUCAACACAUUGCAUGUCAUUUGAAUUACUGGACAAUGAUAUUUUUUUUUUCUUAUUUUAAUUUUUAUUCCUUGUGUAAUAAAUAACUAUUAGUAAGUAGUCAUUCAUGUUAUUUAGUUAGGCCCAACUGUAAACAUUUAUAUAUACAAAAGUAUAAAGUAAACUUAAAGUAGAAAUGAAAUAUCUAAAUCUCAUAUUUGUAUUAAAGAAGUACACGAUCUAGGUUUCUUUUCCCAAAAUAUGAAGUUGUCGAAAAUUGCCUGCGAAGAAUUAGAAAUAAGAUAUGCUUUGUAUGAGAUUAAAAUAAUCAAUAAAUAGUUUAGGGCUACAAAAUAAGUUCAAAUGAUUUUUUUCAAGAUAUUAUCUUUCUUAACAUAUGAAUCUCUUUUAUCCUAGACAUUGCACGUUUUUUUUUUUUAUAUUCUCAUGUAGUCCUAUCUACUACCAAAAAAAAUACAGUCAAGUCAUUAAUAUGGAAAUAUUUGUAAGUUUAAGUUUUAAACGUAGGCUUAAUGUAAAUAGACAUGAGAGACAGUUCUGCACCAGGUUAGUGUGUAAGACUCCGAAAGUCUCUUUAACAUAAUUUUUCUUUCUCCACUUCAAUAUCUGUUUGAAAUUUUUUAUUAAUUUUUACACAUUUUUUUUUCUUUUCAACUCUUCUGUUCAAUAUUUUAUUAUUGUAAACUUGAUUUAAAUUUUUGUAAAAUAGAGUCAUGUUUUUUUUUCCCCCUACAUUGGGUUGCCCUGUUUAAAAAAAAAAAAGGAAAUGUAUUUCGGAUGUCUUUCAAUUUUUUUAACAUGUAAGAUUUUUAAAUGACAUUAAAGUUACUUAAAGUGA